AUGCAAUUCGACCUUGCCAAAUGCAUCCUUCAAGGCGGAUGGAUGCAUAUGGUCUCUGCGGUUAAGCACGGCCUACCAAAGACGGUAUUAAAUAAUAGCCCCUUUUACAUCACCACAAAUAACCUCCCGAAUUUUGGUAAAGAAGAAGACGAUAACGUGAAGCGCAGAAUUGAGAUAUUCACAACAACGUCAUUGCCUCAAACUCUACCGGGAAUCGACAAGUGGAUUUAUGACCACGCGAUGGAUUGUAUUGCGUGGAUAGCGGAAGAAAUCAACGCGAACCGCGAGCACAUCGAUCGACAUGAGCUCUGGUACGAGCCAAAUCACUCUGGACCGUUGACGAUUGCUGCAAACGAGGGGGAAAGUCUGUUCAGUGACGAACACGUGCGACGCAUAUCCAAUGCUGAUUUGCGCGAGGAGGACGCUCCUAUCGUUGAGGAAUUGUCGCAAACAAUCCACGACGGUUUUGUGGUGGAGUUACGUUCGCGACGUCUCGCCCGGAAGAGAAGGGCCGCUCGUGGGGAGUUAAACAGCGACGACGAUAGCACAAGUGAAGAAAUACAAGAAAAUAACAACUCCUCCUCCGAUGGUGAGAAACGUAGGGACGACAUAGAAGGAUGCCGGUUGACUGAAGACAACGUUGUCAAAGAGAGCCCUCAAACGAAGUCGACAACAUUAGCAGAAAGUAGAGACGGAGAGACAACUCACAACGAACGCAGCAAGACGACUACGGUGUCAGUGGAACAACCGUUGAAUGACGACCAACUAUCGGAUGACGAGGAAACAAUGGACAGUGGAACAGAGAGAACUGACAAUGCACGUACCAGUACAGAAGCAAGUGCGGUAACAGUAGAACAACUGUUACCGGUAAAACUCCCACAACCAACAAGCGAAGCAUCGCCUGAUGAGGAAGUUAUAGACAGCCAGACUAUUCGUACCUAUUCACCUCCAGCAGGAUGG